AUGAGUACUAGCUUAAAGUUAGGUCGUGAUCCUUCUGGUAAGAGUGUAGAUCCUUCCCUAUAUCGUAGCAUGAUAGGUAGUCUUCUCUAUCUCACAGCUACUAGGCCUGACAUUGCCUUUAGUGUAGGAGUGUAUGCUCGCUUUCAGGCAGAUCCAAAAGAGUCACACCUAAACUUUGUUAGACGCAUAAUCAGGUAUAUCAGUGGUACAGUGGAUCUAGGGAUAUUCUAUUCUAGGAAUUCCGAUCUUGAUUUGGCUGGAUACUCCGACGCCGAUUGGGCCGGAAAUGCAGAUGAUAGGAAAAGUACAACUGGGGGUUGUUUUUACAUGGGUAGCAAUCUCGUAGCCUGGCUAAGUAAGAAACAAAAUUCAAUAUCUUUAUCCACGGCAGAGGCCGAAUACAUAGCUGCAGGGAGUUGCUGUACUCAGCUUCUCUGGAUGAAACAAAUGCUUAGUGAUUAUGGGAUUAGUCAAGGGACAAUGACUGUUUUCUGUGAUAAUACGAGUGCGAUAAAUAUUUCUAAGAAUCCCAUUCAGCACUCUUGA